AAGUGCCAGUGAUUGAACAACACAGGGGAAGCGCGAGGCUGAAGGAAUCCAUCCUUCAAGACUAGGCCAAUAAGUAUGUGCAACCUCCAAGCCGCUGAGAAACGAUUUCCCCUCCUUCCCUAGGCAGGAUCCCCACUUCCCGAACCCAACUCAUCUCAUACCCCGGUUCUUCCUGAUGCUGUUGGCGUCUAUGUUGAUUCAUUGUUGGAGACUUUGAAGGAGUAGCAGCAUGAGACACGGAAGAAUAGGCAACGUAAAAUGGAGCAGAGUGAAGCACUUGGGAAGUGCUGCAAAGCUAUUUAGAACAACAAAUGCUGUAUUAUUGAUGGUGGGUAGGUGGGCAGGGAAAUGUAAACACUUGGGUAUUGUCCGAGUGGAAGAGAACCCGAGUCUCGGAUCGAUAUCAUCAAAUAACGGGAUCCACUUCCCCAACCCAUCAGAUCAACGUAUCCCCGUAGUUACCCGAUCUUUUGCUAUAAUCGGAAAUGUCCAUCGGGUCACCGGGGAGACUUAUUUCUCUGCCAGAAACGGCAACUUUUGGGCGCGCAUACUUGGGUCCGUUUCUCCCCCUCUAGUCAGCAUGGGGAAACAUCUUGAGCGCACUGCAAAAGAUAUUCUGGUCUUCAUGCCCUCAAAAAUAAACCCGCUAAGUUAUGCUUGGAACAUGCCUGUGACUAACAUUAAUUAUGGGUUAUCGCAGUUUCAAGAAGCAGAUAGGAGGUAGGUUAUGCCCGAAGUGGCAUGGGGGACAUUGGUGACGUUUCUGC